GCGGCGGCGGCGGCGGACUUUGCCCGGGCCCUCCCCGCGGCGUGCGGGCGGCUCCGCCGAGGGAGCCCCUCACCGCCGAGCGUGAGCCGCUGCGCCGGCAGGGCCUGGAAGAUGUGGCGCCUGCUGCACAUCCUGCCGGGGCUCCUGCUGGCGGCUGCGGGGGCUCGGCCGGCUGCUCCCCGGGGCAGGACGCUGGAGCCAGAGAUGUUCGAGAGCCCUUUACUGGAGUCGGAAGAGGAACAUCUUCUGCUGGACCUGGGCAAUGUGUUGAAGCUGUACUGCGAUGCCAACCACAGCAGAGCCAGUGUGGUCUGGUACAAGGAGUCGAGGCCUCUUAUCCCAGGAGGUCGCAUCCAUCUCCAGCAGAGCCUGUUGGAGAUCUCGGAGGUUGCUUAUGAGGACUCAGGGCUCUACGUGUGCCGGGCACGAGCGACUGGGGAGAUUCUGCGCAACUUCACCAUCUCUGUUGUGGACUCAUUGGCAUCAGGUGAUGAUGAUGAAGACAGUGAUGGGGAUGGUGGGCCCCACGGAGACCGGAAUGAGGAGCCUGUCUACAUGCACAGAGCGCCCUACUGGACACACCCACACCGGAUGGACAAGAAGCUGUACGCGGUGCCCGCAGGGAACACGGUCAAGUUUCGCUGCCCAGCCUCGGGCAGCCCCAGCCCCAGCAUUCGCUGGUUCAAGAACGGGCGUGAGUUUCGGGGCGAGCACCGCAUCGGAGGCAUCCGGCUUCGGCACCAGCACUGGAGCCUGGUCAUGGAGAGCGUGGUGCCCUCUGACCGUGGCAACUACACCUGCCUGGUGGAGAACAGGUUUGGCAGCAUCCGCUACAGCUACCUCCUGGAUGUACUGGAGAGGUCCCCACACAGGCCCAUCUUGCAGGCUGGGCUGCCUGCCAACACCACGGCCCUGGUGGGCAGCGAUGUGGAGUUCUUCUGCAAAGUCUACAGUGAUGCCCAGCCCCAUAUCCAGUGGUUGAAGCACAUUGAGGUGAACGGCAGCAGCUACGGUCCCGAUGGCGUCCCCUACGUGCAAGUGCUCAAGACCGCAGACAUCAACAGCUCGGAGGUGGAGGUGUUGUACCUGCGCAACGUCUCCAUGGAGGAUGCAGGCGAAUACACCUGCCUGGCCGGGAAUUCCAUCGGUCUCUCCUACCAGUCAGCCUGGCUCACCGUGCUCCCAGAAGAGGACCUGGAGCGGGAAGCCGAGGCCCCCGAGGCCAAGUACACAGACAUCAUCAUCUACACAUCGGGCUCACUGGCUGUGGCCAUGGCUGUCAUCAUCGUGGUGCUGUGCCGGAUGCAGACCCAGCCGAGCAAGCAGCCUCUGGAGCCCAUGGCUGUCCACAAGCUCUCCAAAUUCCCACUCAUCCGACAGUUCUCCCUGGACUCCAGCUCCUCUGGGAAGUCCAGUACAUCCCUGAUGCGCGUCACUCGUCUCUCCUCCAGCUGUGCCCCGAUGCUGGCUGGGGUCAUGGAGCUGGACCUGCCCCUGGACUCCAAGUGGGAGUUCCCCCGAGACAAGCUGGUGCUGGGCAAGCCUCUGGGAGAAGGCUGCUUUGGCCAGGUGGUGCGGGCAGAGGCGUACGGCAUCGACAGGGACCAGCCGGACCGAGCCGUCACUGUGGCUGUCAAGAUGCUCAAAGACAACGCCACCGACAAGGACCUGGCCGACCUCAUAUCUGAGAUGGAGAUGAUGAAGCUCAUGGACAAGCACAAAAACAUCAUCAACCUUCUGGGAGUCUGCACACAGGAUGGGCCACUGUACGUGAUUGUGGAGUUUGCUGCGAAGGGCAACCUGCGUGAGUACCUCCGGGCCCGGCGGCCCCCAACACCUGACUAUACUUUUGACAUCACCACGAUGCCUGAGGAGCAGCUCUCCUUCAAGGACCUGGUCUCUUGCGUCUACCAGGUGGCCCGUGGCAUGGAAUACCUGGAGUCCAAACGGUGCAUCCACCGUGACUUGGCUGCCCGCAACGUGCUCGUCACCGCGGAGAGCGUGAUGAAAAUUGCUGACUUUGGCUUGGCCAGAGAUGUCCAUGACAUCGACUACUACAAGAAAACCAGCAAUGGCCGCCUGCCUGUGAAGUGGAUGGCACCGGAGGCCCUGUUUGACCGUGUCUACACACACCAGAGUGAUGUGUGGUCCUUCGGAAUCCUGAUGUGGGAGAUCUUCACCCUGGGGGGCUCCCCGUACCCUGGCAUCCCCGUAGAAGAGCUCUUCAAGCUGCUGAAGGAAGGGCACCGCAUGGACCGGCCAUCCAACUGCACCCACGAGCUGUACAUGCUGAUGAGGGAGUGCUGGCACGCCGUGCCCUCCCAGCGCCCCACCUUCAAGCAGCUGGUGGAGGGGCUGGACAAGAUCCUGGCGGCCGUCUCCGAGGAGGUGAGUUGCGGAGGGGACGCGCCGCGUGGUCCCUGCGGGCUGUGGGGCAGGUGGCCCCGGGCGCUGACGGCCCCGUCUCCCCCCUGCAGUACCUGGACCUCUCCAUGCCCUUCGAGCAGUACUCGCCCUCCUGCGAGGACACCGCCAGCACCUGCUCCUCGGACGACUCUGUCUUCACCCACGACCCGCUGCCGGUCGCUCCCUGCCUCUUCGCCUACCCCAGCGCGAGGACGUAGGGGCGGGCAGGGCCGGGAGACGCCGAGGGUGCCGCCGCUCUCGGGGGCAGCGGGUCCGGGCGUGAAGCGGGCGCAGGGCUGUUGCCCGCGGUGCGUGCGCAGGGCCCCGAGCCGCGGCGCUGGGGCAGGGGCUCCCUCUCUCCGGGGCCCGGGGGGGGCUGGGCUCUUGCCUACCUGGCCCCCGUGUCUGCACGGUGCCUUCAGUCCAGGCCAAGACCUGCAAACCCAGGCUGGCAUUGCAUGAGCCAGCGCCUCCGUGGGCCGGGCGCUGCCCCGGGGCAGCCGCGGCGUCCCCCGGGGAGCCGGGCUUUGUCCGGCGUGGCUUUGGCCGGACGUUUCGAUGGAAGUGUCUCUCGGCGGGAGCCCCGCUGCCUGCCUGGCUCCCGCCUGCCUCUGUACAUAGCCAUAGAGAUUAAUAUUUAUGUACAUGAAA